AUGUCGUUCUCGGCCACCUCUACCGCCACCAUGGUGGUCGAGCAGCCUAAGCAGUUGCCCAAACAGGCGACGCUCAAGGUCGAACACGACCAAUUCCCAGACAUCCAGACGAUCCGCGACGCCAUCCCAGCGCACUGCUUCGAAUCGUCCCUCUGGACGGGCUUCUACUACGUCUUCCGCGACCUCACCAUGGUGUCCGCCCUCGCCUGGGCCGCCCUGACCUACAUCCCCGCCAUCCCGGACCCCAUCUACCGCACCGCCGCCUGGAUCGCCUACGGCUACGUCCAAGGGCUCUUCUGCACGGGCGUGUGGAUCCUGGGCCACGAGUGCGGCCACGGCUCCUUCUCCAAGUACCGCGCCGUCAACGACUUUGUCGGCUGGGCCCUGCACUCGUUCCUCCUCGUGCCCUUCUUCUCCUGGAAGUUCUCGCACCACCGCCACCACCGCUUCCACAACCACAUCGAGAAGGACAUGGUCUUCGCCCCGAUGACCGUGGCCCGGAAGCAGGAGAUUGAGCAGCAGAAGCAAAAGACCGAGGCCGCCCUCUCGACCCUCGACCUGCACGAAAUGGUCGAGGAUACCCCGCUCUCCCAGAUGGCCAAGCUGCUCGCCCAUCAGCUCUUCGGCUGGCAGUCCUACCUCUUCCUCAACGCCUCCGCCGGCAAGGGCAGUGCCCAGCGCGAGGCCAAGGGUCUCGAUGCCUGGUUCCGCGUCAGCCACUUUGACCCUUUCAGUGCCGUUUUCCGUCCUUCGGAGGCCAAGUACAUCUUUUACUCCGACGUCGGACUUGCUAUUACCCUGGGUUGUCUCUACAUGGCGGCGCAAGUCGUUGGUACUUCGACCGUCCUGCUUCUCUAUGCCGUUCCUUACUUGUGGGUACACCACUGGCUGGUGGCCAUCACCUACCUUCACCACACGCACCCCGACCUCCCCCACUACACCGAAGAGGGCUGGUCCUACGUAAAGGGCGCGCUUUCCACCGUCGACCGCGACUUUGGCUUCAUCGGCAAGCACAUCUUCCACGGCAUCAUCGAGAAGCACGUCGUCCACCACCUCUUCACGCGCAUCCCCUUCUACCACGCCGACGAAGCCACCGAAGCCAUCAAGCCCAUCCUCGGCGACCGCUACACCCUGGACAACCGCAGCUUCCUGGGCCAGCUCUGGCAGGCCUUCACAACGCUGCGCUACGUCGAGCACGACCCUGCCCACCCCGGUGCUCUCCGGUGGGUCAAGACCAAGAAGUAA